AUGUCUCCCUCAAACAAAAUUGCUUAUCAUGCUCGCUCAAUCAGUUUACCCACCAGGUCCAACCCACUCACUGCUGCAGUUGAGGAACAACUUAGCAAAUUGAGAUCUUCAGUUCUCACCUCAUCCAUCUCCAACAACUUGGUUGCUCUAAAGGACUUGUAUGAAUGUGUUGAGGAUUUCCUCUCUACCGAAGAUGGAAAAUGCUUAGACGCAGUCUUGGACAGAUCUGUCAUGUUGUUAGAUGUCUGUGGAACCAUUAAGGAUGUUUCUUCUCAAAUGAAGCAAUCUUCCCAAGAUCUUCAAUCAUCUAUUCGAAGGCAAUCAAAUGAGUUUGACGCAUACAUGACCUCAAGGAAGAAAGUCUGCAAGGUCAUUCAAAAAUGCCUUUCAGAUCUUAAGAAAAACACCAACAAGAACAAUGACCUCAUUAACGAUGUCCUAAAAGAAGUUGAAGCGACUACGCUUGCAGUUUUUGAAUCUAUCCUAUCUUUCCUAUCUGCACCAAAGCAAAGAUCCCUAGUCUCAAAGUUGGCAACCAAAAGUGCAACCCAACAAGUUGUAAAUGAAGUAACAAAGGUCGAUGCCGCGUUGAAAUCCAAAGUCAUUGAAGCAAAAGAAGUGCAGAAGUCAUUGGCUGACCUUGAAAUGAACCUUCAAGAACUUGAAGAUGGACUAGAAUCUGUCUUUAGGUGUCUGAUCAAGAACCGAGUUUCACUCCUUAACAUCCUCAACCAAUAG